GGGAUCUGGGAAUGUUGUUAACGGCUCUAAGAUGGAGAAGACGUCUCAAGGGUGUGAAACAUUCCUUCAGUCUGCACUCAGAAGAAAAGGAGAAGAGGAGAGAGAGGCCUGGCGAGUGUGGUCAAAACUCUGCUGUGGUCAAAAAUGGCUGCUCCUCCUCUCACCCCUCUUCCUCCUCCUCCUCAUGAUUUCUGUAAUGGCCAUGACUCUGCCCCAUCCUUUGCCGCACACCGACAUUGAAUGGCGGUCGUCCCGAGCCCUAAGCUCUGCUGGGAAGUUCAGACUCAGGCCCAGAGUCACGGAGCUCCCUCAUAUCCACAGCGAGGCCUGGAAAUUCAGCACUCGAAAAGAGACAUCUAAACAUUCAGUGCUACCUAAACCUUUGGGGGCUAGUGACAAAAACAGCAUCAAAGAGGGACGUUUCACAGACUUACACAGACAUAAACACAGAAACAAAGGCAUCGCUUCCAGAAGAAAAGAGAUGGCAGGCGCCACCCAGCAUCCAACCAUUCAUCAUCAUCCCCAUCUCCCAGAGUUUACAGUCAAUAGCACAGGGCCAAAGCAUAGAAUUAAGCCAAGCAACCACAGUAUUGUGGUAAAGCACACUGCACAGGCCUACAUUCAUCUACAAAGGAGCAAAUCGACAGCAGCACAUUUCCCUGCUCCAGCAAAUACCUUAAUAAGUGGCAGACGAGCUGUGGACAGACUGGCAGGCAGAUGGGAGGAUAGACACACAAAUAGGAAUGCAGACACACAAAGACAUGGCAGCUAUACAAGUGCAAAACCAACUGAAUAUCACCGGGCUUUGGAAAAACACAGACAAGCAACAAAGCACUCUGGGAAAUCUGACAAAGUUGGUAAGGAGCAGCAGGCUGUGAAAAAGCCCUCCAGGGAUCUGAAAAAACACCAGAAUCUCUCAGAGGAUCCCUCUGAAGCAAAGAACAACCCUGGGGAGUUGCGCCAUGGAAAGGCUUUGUCCAAACUAGAGUCAGCAGUAAAGAUAGAUGACAACGGCUGGUGUCAGAACUUUAGAGACCAGGACUUCCCAGACAGUGACCACAGGAGGAUCAGGAUUAGUCCAGAUCUCAGGCCUCUUCCCUGGCUCUCUGACGAUGACAUCCAGAGGAUGGAGCUCCUAGCUGGGGGUGAGGUGGUCAGUAAGAACAGGGUGCCUGCACAUGGACAGGUGCUCAGAGUGGCGCUGGAUCCUCCUAUGCACCAGCAGCAGCCAUCUUCCCAGAUGGGCUCACCUGAGCAUGGACCUGGCCACAGACACCCAGAAACCCACAGUGAGCGCUGCCAGCAGGGGCACUGCUCCCUGAUCAAACGCACUGAUGACUGGUUUGAAGUGUUUGCCUUCCACCUGGACAGGGUACUGGGACUCAACAGAAGUCUCCCUGCGGUGCUGAGGACUUUCCACAGUGAGAUUUUACCCUAUCGAUACAUCAGUGGCAUCCCCAGACCUGUAGUAUGGUGGGAUCCAGAUAUUCAGCACCUCAACGAUAGAGACAACGACCAGAACUCAGUAGCACUCAGCUGGACCCAGUACCAGAGGCUGCUGCAGGUUCACUGUGGGAGAGAAGCAGACUUGGGGACAGCACCCUGUGUGGGAGUUCAACACUCAGAGUGGGGUAGACUGGCCUUCUUUGACUUCUUAUUACAGGCUGCAAUCCCAUGACUAAUGCGCUGAUAAAAGUAAAGAAGAAGGGGCUCCCGAUCAGUCUAGUUAGG